AUGGUUGCUUCUCGUAGCUUUGUACUAUGGCUUCAUGGACUGGGUGACUCGGGCCCUGCCAAUGUACUCAUCAAGACUCUCUUUACUUGUCCUGAAUUUCGUACCACCAAAUGGUCUUUCCCUUCUGCUCCCAUUUCCCCUGUCUCCUGCAAUGAUUCUCCAAAAGAUGAAAGCCGUUCGUUGAAAGCUGUUCGGAAUGUGCAUGCAAUAAUAGACAAGGAAAUAGCUGCUGGGACAAAUCCUGAGAAUGUAUUUGUGUGUGGAUUUAGCCAAGGAGGUCUCUUUACCGACACCACUUUGAAAAAUGAUCUUGGUUUUUUGGGGGGACUUUCAGAUUCUAACGUCUUACAGAUUUCACCAGAUGCAAAGAGGGUACUUCCAGCAAUAAACACAAGUGCUAUCCAAUCUCAGAUCAAUAAGCAACGAGGAGUUAAAAUACCUGGAAUCGUGGAUCAAGACUCGUCUGCCAAGUUCUUCAUAGAACUUUGGGUACUGUUGGACUUGCAUUCGUUUACUGUCAUAGGUCUAGGACCUUUAGGAGAGCCUGUCACAUGGAUGGACUUGCAUGGAAGGCAGGAGGGAAUUGAUAAGCUGGCCCCAAUUAGAGCUUGCGGUCAAACUGUUAUGCCUGAAGUGAAGACUAUGGAAGUGCAAAACGCGAAGGACUCACCAAUCCAAGACUCGGCUGUCAACAAAUUUCAUGGAAGCUUGUUAUCACUUAAUAAACCAUAA